ACAACCCAUAGUAACGGGUACUUCUGUAAUUGCUCUAAAGUAUAAGGACGGUGUAAUGCUAGCCGCCGAUAAUUUAGGUAGACUUGAACUCUUUGAAAGCAUCUUUUUCGUGGAUGUUGAACGUAUUCACCCUGUAGGCGAAUUCACGGUUAUAGGCGCAUCUGGAGAUAUCUCCGAUUUUCAAUAUACCAAACAUGUUUUAGAUAAUUUAAUGGUCGAGGAGUAUUAUGCAAACGAUGGUCAUAUACUCGGGACUCCACAUGUAUACGAAUUUUUAGGUCGAGUCCUCUAUGCCAGGCGAUCUAGAUUUAAUCCCUUGUGGAAUUCUUUUAUUGUCGGAGGAUAUCACAAUGGAGAGGG